AUGGUUCCUACGGCUAUUGCUACGGUUAUUGCGUGGGCACUGUGCCAUAUGGGAGCAUUCAGUAUGGCUCAGAGAGCUGAUGCAAGUUGGAUUCGUGCUACAAGUCCUGCUCCUACCGCAACCUUCGGCGAAGCAGUUACCAACCUGAUCUGGAACUUAAUAUAUUUCUGGCAUACGGGCGCCUCGGUAUAUGACGGAACACACUGGACGCUUAAAUUUUUUCUCAGCGCCUCAUUCAGGACCUAUCUUACACUUUUGGCUCUUACCUUGGUUAAGCGACGCUACUGGUAUGCUGUAACAGGACUCUUGUGGGCUUAUGCCUGGCUUGUUAACGACCAUCUUGUUGGUAUCAACAUCUUCCCCGGUAUGAUCUUGGCUCAACUUCAGGUCGACUACGGCUCCCGUGCUACUCAAAUGCUCCCGAAAGUUGUCCCUAGUAUACUUAUUUUCUUCGGUCUCAUUAUUUGGGGAUUCCCUCAAAAUAACCAAACCUGGGCAUGGUGGUCUGCCGCUAUCCGCUCCUUUAUUGUCGCUAUCACUCCUGCAAAUGCAGAUCACAGCCGCUAUGCCUCAUCUCUUGGAACCUGCACCUUGAUGUUGGGCAUAUUCUUCUCAAGGAACGCACGACGCUUUCUCACCCUGCCCCUCUUCAACUUCCUCGGGCGUGUCUCUUUCCCUGUCUACUUGCUCCAUAACAUUCUGAUUAGAACCAUCUUAUCCUGGAUGGUGUAUGGAGAAAGUGCUAGACGAAUUCCAGUAAGGAAUGAGAAGGGUGAACUCCUUCAGCUCGGAAGAACCAGCCCUAUGGCCUUCAUCUUUAUUCUGCCAAUAUUUUACGCUGUUCUUUACCUCGUUGCUCAUAUGUGGGCUACCUACGUCGAACCCCAGUGCGGCAAGGUGGUAGAUUGGUUGAAAGACAUAAUGUUCAAGGAGCGACCAGAUUCGCAAGAAAAGCUUCUCCCACUACCCAAUGGAGGUUCUGCGAGCUAA